AUGAAUUCUACAUACGUUUCAUCUGUCGGACUAAAUCCAAAUAACCAAGUCAGUUACAGACGACUUUAUGAGGUACCUGGUAACGAUAACUAUGGUCUCACGCCUAAACUGGACGAUGAAGUUCUAGCUCUUCCCUGGGAUCGCCGAUAUGGAGUUAUGUUUUUCUCACAAACUGCGCUUCUCUACGGUCCUUUCUCCGUCCUGUCAACAGAUGAGCAGUAUUUGCUCUCCCAGAUGCCGCGUUUCAUUCAAGAACGAGGGAAGAAGUGUCAGUACAGGAUAUACGAAACAUAUACUGGAGUAAAAAUAGCCAAAGGUGGACUUAGAGUUCGUCCAAGAGACCCUUCAACCGAUCGAGUCUACUACUUCCCCUCCCACUUCCCGAAUCAUAUCAUUCUCUCCGUUUUACAUUUUGAUGGUGACCGUUCGAGUACGUGUGCUGUUCUUGUCUAUAGAUUCAAAACGGCUGAUAUAGCUUCUCAGGCCUAUGCAAUGCUUACAGAGACGAACAUCGUCCCAACACUAGGACCGUCCUCAUCUCAGAUAAGACGAUCUUCUCUAAAUCGAAUGACAUUUAUGCGAAAACCCCCCAAUAAUUUUCCCACUGCACGAAACCGAUUGGGAGAUGCAGAAAUUCAGUCUACAUUGCAUCCACAACUCGAACAGUCGUGUGCUGAUUUAAAUGACCGCCAACAAAAGGUAUCCUCUCCCACUUUAUGUAAACGGACUGGAUCUAAAGAACGAAACAAAAGCCAUCACCAGGUUAAGUUGCAAAAAUCAAUGCAGAUGAAAUCCUCAAGUCAACGAUGUUUUUGUGGCGCUUGUGGGCAUGGUAUUGAAGACCAUCUCGCUAAUGGAAAAAAGGUCAGAAAUUCACCUCAAACAAAUACGGGGUCCUUUUUCAUUCUAAAUGGAAAAAACUAUCCAUUGAAAGUAUUUAGAGAGAAAAUAACCCAAGACGAUGAACCGUUGCUAGAAGUUCGAUUAAGUGGAAUGAAAUUUACAAAACAAAUGAACAGAAGUAGCAGUUCAUGUAGUGAUUCCGCAACUUCUUUGAGUUCUGAAUCUUAUGAAUCCGUUGUGGAGCUGGUCUUCGAUAAAAUAAGAAAUAAAACAAAAAUCGCAGAAAAUCUUCCUACUAAAAAGCCAGUUGGAAUCGACGUGGUUGGCAGAAGCUCCACGACAGUCACUCGCCUGAGUAGACAAGGUUAUUCAGACAGUGAAGAAGAUAUGCUUGACACGCUAGGAGAUAGUAAAAGAAAUGGACGUCUGACCACACCUUCACAGGUAAUUCCAGAUGGUACAACCGUUCAUGAUCUCUACGGAAGGCGCAGGUAUGAAGAAGAGGGCUCUGAUUCCACCUUGGGUGAGGCUUUAUAA